AUGGAUGAAAAUAUUGAUACAUGGCCUUUUAUACAAUCAUCUACAACAAUAAGAAAUUCUUCAAUACCAUCAUCAUCAUCAUCAUCAAUACCACCACCAACAAUACGUGAACGAAAUCGAAUGCAUGCAUUAAAUGAAGCAUUUGAUGAAUUACGUCGUGUAGUACCAAAAGCUAAUUUACAUGAUCAUCAACGUUUAUCAAAAAUUGCUACACUUCGUCUUGCUAUUCAUUAUAUAAGUUGUCUUACACAAAUUCUUGAUGGAAAUGGAACAAAAAAACAAUAUCCACAUCAACUUUUAUCACCAACAAGAUCAUCACCACCACCACCACCACCAUCAAUAUCAACAUCAUCAUAUAUACAACAACAAGAUUCAUUCAUUAUAGCACGACGACGAGGACAACGAUUACGUCGGCGAAUACGUCCUACGACACAUGAUGAACAAAUAUUUGAUGAAGUUGAAUAA